AGGCUGACUCAGCGGGGGGACGGGCUCAAACCGACUCCGUCACGCCGCGUCAGUCCAGAGUCGCACAAUUAUGAAAAAUCCACCUUCCGCUGGAGCUGCAGCGGACGCACACGACUCCCACCGCCGCCACCGGGCUUUCCUUGCAAGGCUUACCGAGCAGCACGGCGCCGAUAGAUGGCUAGACGCCCCGGAUCAGCGCCUCGAGAGUCUCUGAACGGUGAAGAGAAUGUCCCAGAAGUCCUGGAUCGAACACACUUUCACCAGGAGGGAAUGUGUCUAUAUUCUGCCCGUGUCGAAGGACCCUCACAGAUGCCUCCCAGGAUGCCAAAUCUGCCAGCAGCUCGUGCGAUGCUGCUGUGGGCGUCUGGUUCGGCAGCACGUGGGCUUCAGUGCCACACUUCCAGCGAAAUACUCAGACGUGCGUCUGACCGAGGGAGAGCUGCCCGAUCUGGAGCAGUGGUCAGUGGAGAAGCACACGGAGGAGAGUCCCACUGACGCUUAUGGAGUCAUCAACUUCCAGGGAGGAUCCCACUCAUACAGAGCCAAGUAUGUGCGUCUCUCCUAUAACUCCCGUCCGGAGGCCAUCCUGAGGCUCAUGCUGAAGGAGUGGCAGAUGGAGCUGCCAAAGAUCGUUAUCAGCGUUCACGGGGGAAUCCAGAACUUCGACCUGCAUCCGCGGAUCAAACAGGUGGUGGGAAAAGGACUGAUCAAAGCUGCUGUCACCACCGGGGCCUGGAUCCUGACCGGAGGGGUCAACACAGGUGUGGCCAAACAUGUGGGUGACGCUCUGAAGGAACAUAUGUCCAGAUCGGCUCGGAAAAUCUGUACGGUGGGAAUCGCACCCUGGGGAGUGAUCGAAAACAGGAACGACCUCAUCGGAAGAGACGUUGUAGCGCCGUACCAAACCCUGCUGAAUCCUCUCAGUAAACUCAACGUGCUGAAUAACUUCCACUCUCAUUUCGUCCUGGUGGAUGAUGGGACAGUCGGGAAAUAUGGAGCUGAAGUCAAACUCAGGAGAGAACUGGAGAAACACAUUAACCAGCAGAGAAUCCACGCCCGCAUUGGUCAGGGCGUCCCGGUCGUGGCUCUGAUCUUUGAAGGCGGUCCAAACGUGAUCCUGACGGUGCUGGAGUAUCUUCAGGAGAGUCCUCCGGUGCCAGUGGUGGUGUGUGAGGGAACCGGACGCGCCGCUGAUAUACUGGCAUACGUACACAAGCAGACGGAGCAGGACGGAGCGCUGCCUGACGGCGUCGAGGCCGACAUCAUCACGACAAUCAAGAAAACCUUCAACUUUAGCCACAGUGACGCGCUGCAUCUCUUCCAGACGCUGAUGGAGUGCAUGAAGAACAAAGAGCUGAUCACAGUGUUUCCUGUGGGCUCAGAGGACCAUCAGGACAUCGAUGUGGCCAUCCUGAAGGCUCUGCUCAAAGGCACUAACACGUCAGCCUUCGAUCAGCUGGUCCUGACGCUGGCGUGGGAUCGGGUGGACAUCGCUAAAGAUCAUGUGUUUGUUUACGGACGACAGCUGCUGGUGGGCUCCCUCGAGCAGGCGAUGUUGGAUGCGUUGGUGAUGGACCGCGUGGAGUUCGUUAAGCUCCUGAUCGAGAAUGGCGUCAGCAUGCACCGCUUCCUCACAAUCACACGCCUGGAGGAGCUCUACAACACGAAACAAACUCAGACCAAUCCGACGCUCUAUCACCUGGUGAGGGACGUCAAACAGGGUAACCUCCCGCCCAACUAUAAGAUCACACUGAUCGACGUGGGUCUGGUGAUCGAGCUUCUGAUGGGAGGAACGUACAGGUGCAACUACACACGCAAACGCUUCCGCAUCAUCUACAACAACCUGCACGGGAACAGCCGGCGGUCAAGUCGACACACGACGGGCAGCACCCAUGAGUCCUUCAGCAUUCAGGCAGAUAAAAAAGAGAAAACACGACACAAUCACUUCAUCAACACGGCGCAGCCCUACAAGCCCAGGCUGGAAUCGGUCUCUGAGCAGCAGCAGAAGAAGAAGAGUAAGGAGGAGGUGGUGGACAUCGAUGACCCGGAGACGCGCAGGUUCCCGUACCCCUUCAACGAGCUGCUGGUGUGGGCCGUGCUGAUGAAGCGGCAGAAGAUGUCUCUGUUCUUCUGGCAGCACGGCGAGGAGUCCAUGGCCAAAGCUCUGGUGGCCUGCAAGCUGCUGCGCUCCAUGGGAUACGAGGCCAAGAAGUGUGACGUGGUGGACGACACGUCCGAGGAGCUGAAGGAGUAUUCCAAUGAGUUCGGCACGCUGGCCGUGGAUCUGCUGGAGCAGUCGUUCAGGCAGGACGAGACCAUGGCCAUGAAGCUGCUGACCUACGAGCUGAAGAACUGGAGUAACUCCACCUGUCUGAAGCUGGCCGUGUCGUCACGUCUCCGUCUGUUCGUGGCUCACACCUGCACACAGAUGCUGCUCUCCGACAUGUGGAUGGGCCGCCUGAACAUGCGCAAGAACUCCUGGUACAAGGUGAUCCUGAGCAUCCUGGUUCCUCCUGCCAUCCUCCUGCUGGAGUACAAGACUAAAGCGGAGAUGUCCCACAUCCCUCAGUCGCAGGACGCUCAUCAGAGCAUGGAGGACAGCGAGCAUAGCCUGCAGAAGCCUGACGACAUCCCCAUGGAUGUGUUUAAGGAAGUCCGUCCCAAUGAGAACGCCGAUGUGAAGAGCGAGACGGAGGUGCACGUGCGCUCCCGCCGGUUACCCAUCACACGCAAGUUCUACGCCUUCUACCACGCACCCAUCGUCAAGUUCUGGUUCAACACGCUCUUCUACAUCGGCUUCCUGAUGCUGUAUUCAUACGUGGUGUUGGUGAAGAUGGAGUCGUUUCCGUCUCCUCAGGAAUGGGUCGUCAUUAUUUGCAUCUUCACGCUGGGGGUGGAGAAGAUUCGAGAGAUGUUCAUGUCUGAAGGAGGCAAAAUCAGUCAGAAGAUUAAAGUCUGGUUCGGCGACUACUUCAACGUUUCUGAUUUCCUGGCCAUCCUGAUGUUCUUCGUGGGCUUCGGCCUGCGCUUCGGCUCGGGGAGCGUGUUCAUCGCGGGCCGGAUCGUGUACUGUCUGAACAUCAUCUUCUGGUACGUGCGGCUGCUGGAUAUCCUGGCGGUCAAUCAGCAGGCCGGACCCUACGUCAAGAUGAUCGGGAAGAUGGUGGCCAACAUGUUCUACAUCGUGGUCAUCAUGGUCGUGGUGCUGCUGAGUUUUGGGGUUCCCCGGAAAGCCAUUCUGUACCCAAACGAGGAACCCUCGUGGACUUUAGCCAAAGAUGUAGUGUUCCAGCCCUACUGGAUGAUGUACGGUGAAGUCUACGCCUACGAGAUCGACGUGUGUGCGAACUCGAGCGACCCGAACGUGAAGGAUCUGUGCGGGCCCGGUGUGUGGCUGACGCAGCUGCUGCAGGCCGUCUAUCUGUUCGUCCAGUACAUCCUGAUGGUCAACCUGCUCAUCGCCUUCUUCAAUAACGUCUACAUGCAGGUGAUGUCCAUAUCCAACCUGGUGUGGAAAUACCAGCGCUAUCACUUCAUCAUGGCGUACCACGACAAGCCCGUCCUGCCUCCGCCGCUGAUUCUGCUCAGCCACGCCGCGUCUGUGCUGUCCUCCAUCUGCAGGAAGAGGAAGAAGGACAGCAGCACCUACGGACCAAAGCUCUUCCUGACUGAGGAGGACCAGAAGAAGCUGCACGACUUCGAGGAGCAGUGCGUGGAGACAUACUUCCACGAGAAAGACGAUCAGUUUCACUCUGGGAGUGAAGAGAGAAUCAGACUCACGUCCGACAGGGUGGAGACAAUGUGUGUGCAGCUGAAGGAGGUCGGAAACAAGGUGAACUUCAUCAAGCGCUCUUUGCACACGCUGGAUUCUCAGAUCGGACACCUGCAGGACCUGUCUGCGCUCACGGUGGACACACUGAAGGCGCUGACCGCGCAGCGAGCGUCCGAGGCUAGCAAAGUGCACAACCAGAUCACACGCGAGCUCAGCGUCUCCAAGAACCUGGGGCCUGACGUGACGGGGCACUCGAAGUCCAGCGCUCUGGUGCGGUGCAGCGUGGGAUUCCUGCCUCCGGCCGCCAGCAUAGCAGAGUCUCUGUUCGGGGGCGGAGCCGAGGAGCGGCAGGGGGCGGAGCUUCCUCCCAGCCUCCAGAGACGGCCUGCGUUCACAGCCUCGGCUGGAUCCUGUGAGGUCAUCUCACCACAGCUGCGGCGCCGCGGACGCUCCGUGCAGCAGGACACGUGUCCCAGCAGCCCCGCCAGCACCCCGCCGCAGACACACACGGAGCCGGCGCACGUCACAGUGGAGUUCGGGGCCUUCGUGGGUGAGUAUGAGGAGGAAGAGGAGGUUGUUUAUGAGAGGAGUGAUGGAGGACCCCCAGGGGUGUUCGUGAGUGAGCCUGAGUGUGAGGGAUACGUCAAUCACGCCUUCGCUGAUGAUGAAGACACUAGACCCGCCCCCGACCCACCCGACAGAAACACGCCCCUCCCAGGCCUCCCUCUGACCCCUGAGCACCGGCCCCGGGGCCCGCAGCGCUUCGGGAGAGACGGCCGCUGCAAACGUGCACUGAACAGACUCCGAGAGAGACACGGAGGUCACAAGGAUGAUCCUGAGGGUCAGAGGUCGUUUCCUAAAGAGGGUGCUGUCAGCCGUCAGUCGAGUCCCUCCAGAAAGGCUCGAGACGUGGCGGCCGCGGCGCUGGGUCACAUGCGGAUGGUGAACUCGUAUGCCGGCUUCACCGAGCUCGACAGAAACCCUUCAGUCCUGCAUCCAGAGUCCACGCUCGGGAAGCAGCAGAGCACACGCGUGUCGUUGGAGGACGUCUCGUGUUAUGAGGAUCCGCUGCUGGGGAAAUCAUCUCAGUCCAGCAAACCGAGUCCAGGAGAAGACAUCUCAAACACUGCAGUGGGGCUGUACGGUGCUCGUCACACACACCUGUCUGUGCGGAAGGACUGUAAGUCUGACCUCUGCUGGGCCGUGGUAAUACCGUGGUAUUUUGUGUUGUUCUGCUCAUUCUUUGCUCUGUGUGUGUGUGUGUGUGUGUGUGGAGCAGCGAUCAGUUCUCCGUUCAAGCCCAUGGACAGUUAUCAGUAUUCAGCGGUGGAGCGUAAUAACCUGAUGCGGUUGUCUCAGAGUAUUCCAUUCACCCCAGUGCCCCCCCGAGGUGAACCGGUGACCGUGUACCGUCUGGAGGAGAGUUCUCCCAACAGCAUCAAUAACAGCAUGUCGUCGUGGGCUCAGCGUGGUCUCUGUGCUAAGAUCGAGUUCCUCAGUAAGGAGGAGAUGGGUGGAGGCCUGCGGCGGGCGCUGAAGGUGCUCUGCACCUGGUCCGAGUACGACAUCCUCAAGCCUGGACACCUGUACAUCGUCAAGUCCUUCCUGCCCGAGGUGGUCAACACCUGGCAGAGCAUCUACAGAGAGGACACCGUCCUGCACCUCUGUCUCAGGGAAAUUCAGCAGCAGAGAGCAGCUCAGAAACUCACGUUUGCCUUCAAUCAGAUCAGACCCAAAACCAUCCCAUACUCCCCCAGGUUUCUGGAGGUCUUCCUGCUCUACUGUCACUCUGCCGGUCAGUGGUUUGCCAUCGAGGAGUGCAUCACUGGAGACUUCCGCAAGUUUAAUAAUAACAACGGGGAUGAAAUCGUCCCGACCAACCUUCUGGAGGAAACCAUGCUGGCCUUCAGCCACUGGACGUAUGAAUACACUCGAGGAGAGCUGCUGGUGCUGGACCUGCAGGGGGUCGGUGAGAUACUGACAGAUCCAUCAGUCAUCAAGAGCGGUGAGAAAGGGUCUUAUGAUAUGAUCUUUGGCCCGGCGAAUCUCGGAGACGAUGCCAUUCGAAACUUCCGCACCAAACAUCACUGCAACUCGUGCUGCAGAAAACUCAAGCUUCCCGAUCUGAAGCGGAACGACUACACUCCUGAUAAACUGACGCUGCAGCAUGACCCCUCCGAGGACCCGUCCGCUAAAGAACAGCGUCCCUCAAUGCGCUUAAUGCUGUGAGACACACACACACACAUCACGGUGUGUGUGCGGAGGACAUAAGUGUGCAUGUUUUAUAUGAAUGUGUUGCCUCUGAACAAAUGAUGCAAUCUAGAGAUGUUUUAAUAAAUCACAUUUUAUCCUGUACAAUUAUAACAGGGAUUAUGAGCUUUUAAAAGUAUUUUUUUAAGUUUUUAUGGCCGUAUAGAGGUAUAAAGUGGUUAAUAACUGGUACAAUAUCACUGUAUUGAGUUACAUAUUUAUUCUAAAUUACAGGAAGUAGCCUUGUAUAAAAUAAAAGCUAUUUUACGUGUGAUGUCUGUUAGUUUUGGGAAAGACUCAUUAUACUAUUAUCAGAUUUUGUACAGAGCUGUAUGAAUGCAUCUAUGGUUUGAAUCUCGUGUAGAUUAUGGGCAGAUUGCAAUGCAAACCACAGAAGAGUGUGUGAUCUGACAGACUCACGUUAUAAUGUUACAGCGGUACUGUCGUCAGAGUAUCGUGUGAAAGGGUUAAUAGUGUAUCUCAUAGAUACAUUUAUCUGGCACAGUUCUAUCAACUCAAACAUGAGAGUAUUUGAUGCUGGGGAUACUAUAUUAAUGGAUCUGUACACAUUUUUUACUGUAUAUUUAAUAAAACACUGAAAAACCUG